AAAAGAAACACAAAGGGGAGAGAACCUUGACGUUAAAAUUCAGACAUAUAGUCAAACUCUACUCUGAGAGUGCCUCAGUGCGUGCAGCUUCUUCCCGAUCCUGGCUUUUCUUCUGUCUUCGAAUUAGAUGGAUUGGCAGGGGCAAAAACUGGCGGAGCAGCUGAUGCAGAUAAUGCUGCUUGCAUUUGCUGUGAUUGCAUUUUCAACUGGAUAUCUCAUGGCUUCUUUCCAAAUGAUGAUCCUCACAUACGCUGGUGGUGUGGUUCUCACCACAUUGGUUACUGUCCCUAAUUGGCCCUUCUUCAACCGCCAUCCUCUUAAGUGGUUGGAUCCAUGUGAGAUAGAAAAGCAUCCCAAGCCACAACCAUCCACAAAUGUAACUCCAAAGAAGAAACCCAAUAAAAAGUAGGCUUUUUCUUUUUCCUUUUUUUGUUUUUUCUAGUUAUGUUGGUCAUAACUUUUAUAUAGGCCCUAACUAAUUUGGGGUGAAGGUGAUUUGAAUAUUUUGAAAGUACUUAUGUUGGUAAUAGUAUUUCUUUGAA